CCGGUGUGCUUUAGCACUUCCUUAGACGGCCAUUUUAUAAGACGCUUCGCGAUCACGUAUGUUUGCAUAUUCGGUUUUUAGCCUUUUUAAUUACGAACAUUAGUAUAAGUUCUCCGAGUGAUAUAAUUUGUUUAUAGAAGGAUCGACGAUGAUCAAACAAGAGGAGGGUGUAGUGCAGAAUAACGAUGAGAGAGAUCGAAGCAGAGAACGUGAUCGCAAUAGAAGAUCGGAACGACAAAAUCGUAUAAAUUCUACAAGUCGUGAUCGCAGCAGAGAACGAAAUGACCGAGGUCGAAAAGCUUCAGAUCGUCGGAUCUACGUAUCAAACAUUCCGUACGAUUUCCGUUGGCAAGAUUUGAAGGAUUUAUUCAGGACUGAAGUUGGGAAGGUUGCUCACGUCGAACUUUUCACUGAUGAAAAUGACAAGCCGAGAGGCUGUGGUAUUGUUGAAUUUGAGGAUUCGGAUUCAGUAAAAAUUGCUGUGGAAAAGAUGCACCGGUAUGAUAUUAAAGGAAGGAAGCUGGUCGUCAAAGAGGUAGAUUUUGAUGUUGAACGUGAUAAAUAUGGACGAUUAGCAACUGCCCGUAAUAAUGAAAGAGUUCGUGAUGAUAGAUUUAGAGAUCCACCAAGACCACAAGGUGGUGGGCGCCAAAAUAUAAAUGCGCCUACUGGUGGUGGUGGCGGUGGUGGCGGUGGAGUAGGAGGCGGGGGUGGUGGAGGUGGUGAUAGUAAAUUCGGAAAUACCUAUGGUCUAAGUACCCAGUUUUUAGAAUCGUUAGGCAUUAAUGGACCUUUAGUCACUAGAGUAUUCGUAGCAAAUCUUGACUACAAAGUGGAUGAAAAGAAAUUGCUCGAAGUGUUUAAGUUAGCUGGUAAAGUACUACAUGUUGAGUUAGGGAAGGAUAAAGAUGGAAAAUCCCGAGGGUUUGGAGUCGUGGAGUACGAUCAUCCAGUGGAAUCUGUACAAGCUAUAUCCAUGCUCCAUAAUCAACAGCUUUAUGACAGGCGUAUGACAGUCCGACUUGACAGGGCGAAUGAACCAGAUAUGCCACCAAAAUUACCAGAAGGUUUGAAGGGAAUUGGAAUGGGUCUUGGAGCUGGUGGAAACAGAUUAUUGGAUGUGGCUAGAAACAUUCCUAAUGUACAAGCGAAUAACCCACCUGUUGUGAAUCCCAUUUCUGCUCCUGUACUGGCUGCUGGAGCCUUUGGAGCUGGCUUAAACAAUGUUGUGCCAGCACAAUUAGCAUCUGCGUUAACGAACACAAAUGCAGCAGCUCUUCAAGCAAGUCUCGCAGGAGGUUUGAGUGCUAACUUGACCACAAAUUCUUUGUUGAGCUCUUCAUUGACAAACGAAUUGGCUUCUAACUUAAAUAACUUCGGCGGAGGAGUCGGAGGUUUGUCUAAUUUACAAGCCUCUUUAGCUGGUGGACAAGGCAACAAUUCGUUCGCACCGCGAGGCUUAUCUAAAAUGGACAAUGAUGUAGGCUUCGGUGGAAACAAUGCUUUUGGUGGUUCUAACUUCGGUGGCGGCAGAGAUUUUGACGGUGGAUUCAAUAGAAGUGACAACGAUCGUGUACCUGGUGGAGGCGGUGGUUUCGCUGGAAACCAGGGCCAAGGAGGAGGCGGUAAUAGGCAAAAUACGAACGGUUCGCGACCAAUGUCUGACACUAUUCUUAUAGGAAAUCUACCACCAAACACAACGUGGCAAAUGUUACGAGACAAGUUUCAAGAUGUCGGGGAAGUCAAGUUUGCUGAAAUGCGAGGCACCGACAUGGGUAUGGUACGAUUCGCAUCCGAGUGGGACGCAGAACGAGCUGUGUCUAUGAUGAAUCGGUCACGUAUCGAUGGCAGGACGAUUGACGUUCGCCUGUACUAAAAACAGGAAUUACACUCAAGCGAGAGGAGACUGGGUGUUCGUAAUAUCGUCUGCAGGAUUGUUCCACUCCUGAUGACAAUACUUGAAAUUCAUCCUAGUUGUGUGGCAGAAACUUAGGACAGUGGGUGAGAAGUAUCUGUCGUUGGAAGAUCAACAGUCGUGUUUUACUUCGACGUUGAAAACACUCAUUGGCUGCCGAUGAUCACCCUUCCUUGCUGCAACUAUUUUCAUUCGAAAUUCUUUUUACCAGAUUAUCGUUCCUUUUUACAGUGGAAGUCUAAUAAUUGUUCACUCCUACAUUUUUUUCGAGUGAUCGACACAUAGUUUAGUUGUUAGACUUAGGUUCAUAAUGUUCUACGUAAUCCGUAGGUUUUUCAGUAGAUUUAUGAUAUUUACAGUAAUUGUCAAGAAAAAAUGUAGCUUGUAAGUUUAUUUCUUAGACUUGAAAUGAGAUAUAAAUCAGUUUUCCCACAUUCCGGUUGAACGUGACGUUUGUGGUCGUUCGAUCGCGGAGUGGUCUAUCGAUCAGGGACAGAUUAAUCUUUCAAAAAUAAAUAUUAACGCGAUAUAGUUGUUACGGAUUUUACGAGCUAAAGUUUAUCCAUGUAUGAUAGAUACUUUCAUGCACAAUCCUACGCAGAGAUCAUGGACUUGUGUCGUUUUGUCUGUGGUAUCAGUCGCACUCUAUUCUUGUAUCUAAUACAUAGUAAGGUACACCAUGGCUCAACAGGGGACUAUUGUUUUCAUUGUAGUUCUGCAAUCUGAUCUUUUAUUCGUCGCGUCAUUAUCGUUCGUAGUAACUUGGAUGUUCAAGUGCAGUAGAGCAUACUAAAUUUUAGUUCCCAUUAGGAAGGCCCCUUCUCCACUUCAUUCGUUCUCGAGAGAUUAAGUGAAUAAGAAUUGGACAAGUAUACCCUAAAUCGGGAAGAAUUUGUCUUACGUAUUGUGCAUCAUGUAAUAUGUUUACCAAAAGAUACAAAACAUUUAUCUAAAAAUAUUAAAAAUUAGAUCUAAUCAUUUUUAAUAACUUUCGAUAUUUAAGAAAACGGAAACCAACGACCUUUUAGGUCAAUUUUAUAAAUAUAUUCUUUGGUAAACAUAUUUCUUCUCGUCAUGUAGAUUUCGAGGAACAUUCUGCGCAUUGUAUAACACUCUUGUAUAACCACGACAUCAUGACAGUGAUUGAAUAAAAUCCAAAUCCGUUUUGACUACAAAAAAUAAAUACGAUGGUCGUUGUGUUUUA